UGGCCCAGAAGACACACAAUAGUAAAUACCAGCUAGCUACUGCGGCCAUCGUGGGACAGUACCUUUGUCCGUUUGCCCCUAGUAACCACUCUUUGUUAAAUCUUACAGCUCCUACUUUCGGAGCAGUUUUCUACUAGAUGUUGCGUUGCGAUAAAGUGUUCGACUUUGAACGUAGCCCAGGAAAGGGAGUUUUAGUGGAUGAUAGAGAAGAUCGUGCUAAACGAUGGGACUUGGCUGCUAUGGAACGAUACAUGCGUGAUCAUGCGGACGAACAUUUGGCUUUGGGACUUCUUUCGCGAGAUGACGUAAAAUCUAUGCGCCGUAAACCCGAACCAGACUACAGAGAUGAUAGUAUCCUUGAGUGUGAGGAAAGCGCCGAAGACGAGAGUAGUAGUCCAUCAUGGCCAUCAGGCAGUAUGGGAAAUACGCCAUCCUAUAAUAGUUGUGGACUGGCUUUCGAGUUUAGGCAAAAGUGUUCCAUGAGUCCAGAAGACACUCAAAUUAAUGUUGAAAAUACAGAAAUCGUGACUCAUAUGGACCACCAGUGGGCAGGAAGAAAGUUACGAAUUUCUGGAAGCCUAAGCACUGACCAACUGACCAGUUAUAGCGAGCGUGGGUCUUGUUUGGACUUCGGUACUAACUGCUCAUGUGCAAUACACGACAAACGUGACAGAACUAACAAACUCAGUGGCGAUAACAAACCGCUAGAGGGAGCGACUGGAUCUGCUUCCUCUUCCAAAGCCACGGGAGGGAAAAUUUCGCGACUAUUGCGAAGGACCCACAGUGCGAGCUGCUCAAAAGAAGUUCUUACCGAAACGCUGCUUCUUCGGGAAAAAAUGCCUAUUACAAAGACCAAAUCGGUAGAAUCGACAACACGUGGAGGACCAUAUGACGUAGAUGACAAACGGAAGAAAGAAAGGAAAACCCUGGCUCGGGAUAUGAAGCUAAGGCUGAAUUUCCUCCGGCGGAGACAGGGGGACGUCUCUUUUCAACAGUCUGUUAGACCUACACGAGAAGAAGUCCAAAAAUGGGCGGAGUCUUUCCAGGAAUUGAUGUCCAGCAAAUAUGGACUAGCGUUAUUCAGGGCAUUCCUUUCAAGAGAGUUCAGUGAAGAAAAUAUUGAGUUCUGGAUGGCCUGCGAAGAAUUCAAGAAAUCUCGAAUCAAUAAACUUCCAUCUAAAGCCAAGAAAAUAUACAACGAUUUCAUAGCGGUGCAGGCACCGAGAGAGGUAAAUCUGGACUCCACGACGAGAAAUACUAUCUUCAAUAACCUCUCUAGUCCUGACCACCACUCGUUUGAUCAAGCCCAGAAACGAAUCCAAGGUUUGAUGGAACGGGAUACAUAUCUCCGGUUUCUCCAGUCAGAACUGUACCUGGAACUUCUUCAACAAAACGGUUCUACGUGAGAACCUUUCUAAUGACUUUGGUUCAUUAUUGUGGUCCUGGUCAAGAUCUUGACCAGCUGUGUAAUACAGAAAACUUUUGAACGAAGAUACCUAAAGAUUCUAUAAAACUUAUUUGAUGUAUGAUCCCAAGGUUUCUAAAAAUGUACUGUUGGGCAGUUAAAAACCAACAGCUGCUGGUCAGUGUUGGACAUUCUCGGCUCCUCCUAAAAAGUGACGACUUUUGCAAACGGACCACCCAUCUAAACAUUUCUAGGUUCACUGUCAUUGUAGUGAUAGAUGGUUUAUGUCAUUGCUAAAUAUAGAAAGUUCUUUUACUGGAAUCUAGCUUCUGGAGCGAUACAAGUGAUCCAAUGUAAUGGAUUAACGCAUCAUGUGCUACUAUAAAUACUAGCAGUUGGAACUUCUUUGGAGUAAUUCUUCGCGUGCAAGUAAAGGUGACCUUAAAGAAAACGUGGAACAGCAAAUUGACCAUUAUUGCAUGAAGUUAAGUCCCAUUUAAACACCGGAUUCUAAGACAUUAGUGGUCGUAACAACUUGAUGUAUCUGUUAUUAAAUGUUAAAUUAUUGGCUUCUUGUACAGUCAUCCUGAGCAUAGAUGUCAUGUAAAACGUAAACCUUGGUUAUCUUUUUUGUUUCCUUUAACGUUUCUAACAACUUGGAAUAAAUUAAGGUUAGAUCACUAGAUGGUGCUGAACUUGGAUAUUUGGCUGACUACCUUGGAAAGUCUUUAAACAUUCCGUAUUCUCGAGAUCAGGUACUCCUGAUAAACUGAUACAGCUGCUUGAUUCUGAUUUAAUAAAAAAAACUCAAGUAUAUUAUUUUCAUAAUAACGUACGGAGUUACUGGAGAACUGUUCUUGUUCGGUGUCUUAACUGGUUAUUAGUUACGAGAUUUUUUUUUACAAAAAAUAAAACUAAGAUAAAGCAAUGUUCUUCUUUCCCACAAUUCAACUGGCUUUGAUAAGGUUCGUUUAUUGCAAAAUUAAUUUUCAAACGGAGGUAUGUUUUAUUUUAUUUUUUCAUUUGUUCUGUGCAAUAAGUGUCAUGAUGUUUAUGAAAGUGACUAUCUUAUGAUUAUCAUAUUUUCGGAAAAUCUUCUAAUUUAUAUCUAAAUCUGCAGUAUUUAGAGUACGAUUUAAAAUACUUUAGAAGCUGUUUUGUAAACGGUGCAACCUCCCCAUUCUAUAUACUUUACAUAAAGCUGGUCUUAUCUGAAUCUUAUGCCAACUAAAAAUAGCUUCCAAUCAUAAUCGGCUUUAAUAGUGUUGGUUAUCGAUUUACGUCAGUUCUAACGUAGAAGCUUCACGAGUGUGAAUGAAGACAAUUGGAGAUCGAUUGAAGUUAUAGUUGUUCUAUGUUUGUUGGAUCAUUAAUGUGCCAGAAAACAACUGUUACUAAUUAACAGAAUUAUUUUUUAACUUACAAAGUUAAUAUUGGUUUUGAAUCAUAUCUUUUUUUUUUUCUCUUGCGUAUUUAUUUUUUCUUUGAUAUUGUUUCCUUGAAAGCGCAAGGAUAUCAGUGUACAAACAAUAGAAUAUUAACAUAUAUUAUUUAUUCUAUUUAUUUAUUGAGAGUUGUGUGUGCUAAGGGGGUUAAAGGGCGAAAGGAUUGCUGUUUUUACAUUGUUCUUAAGAUACUCUUGAGAAUUUAUAUAUAUUGUACAGUAAGUUGAACUUUUUUUUUGUCCGAUAUGUAAAAAAAUAUGUCGUAAUACUUUUUUGCGUGUUAUUUAGGAACUAUUUGCCUUCAUCUUGAAUUUUUAUGUGAUCUGCAUCUCUCGAAAUGACUGCAUAAGAAGAUUUUAAUCUCUUCAGACUCACUCUUCAGGUUGUUUACUUGUACCGAUAUCUGUGCUUGUAGUCGAACGUUUUUUUUUUAUUUACAAAAUUACAAUUCUUGGAUUUUUUUUUGCCUUUUAUAACUAACGUAGUUUCAUAACUAAUUAAAUUUUUAAUUACAUUUAUUCCUUAUUUAGUGUUACCAAGAUUUUAACUGACAUUUUCUGUAUUUAUAUCCACUCUUUAAUUAAGGUUUCAAAAUAACUUUCAUGUAAAUUGUCUGGUUCCAAUGGAACUCGGAAUUGUGUGAAUGAUCAUGUAAUUUUAUGUAUAAUAGCGUGAACAUCAACAUGAUAUUUACUAUAAUGUAUGAUAUACAUAAAAAAAUCUGCUUUACUUAAUUCUUCUUUUAACCCUUACAUCCGCGUGUGUGAAUUUUUCCAAUCCUCUCCGUGUGAGUGAGUGUAAUUUGAUAUCUUAUUUAUUCACGACUCGGCAAUUAUGAAAAUAAAAGUUUUUAAAUUUCUGA